AUGAUAAAACGUUUGAAGUUAUAUGAUAUGUGGUCAACAUCCUAUACUGUGAUGUGUUGUCAACUUCCUAUACUAGGUGAAAAUAACACCGUGACACCUCUACCAGUCGAAUUGAACGAGGGUGAGAAGGCAGCGAAUGGACUUGCGACUAGAGCGCCAAGCGCUGAUGGUGAAAAGAUGGAAGGGUUUAGAGCAAAUGGACACAUAAUGGCCGGUGAAAGUACAGAUGGUGAUACAAUACCUGGUGAUAACGCAUUGGGCGAUAAGAUGGACGGUGCCAGUGCAGCAGGACUUAGGAUGCCGGGAUUAAGGGAAAAUGGUGAUAAGACAAGCGUAGUAAAUGCUACUGGUGACAAGACGGCAGGACUGAAUACACUUGGACACAGGAUCGUGGCGAGGAACGCACCUGGACUUAAUAUAGAAGGACCAAAAACUGAUGGAGAAAGAAGUGCUAGCGAAAAUACUAGCAGGUGA